AUGGUUGUUACCUUUCCUAUAGAGACGCCAGCCCAAAGACAGGUCCUAGGCGUGGCUAUCACGUUCUCUAUCCUGACUGUGGUAGCAGUGUGUCUGCGACUGCUAGCUCAUCAUCUUGCGCAAAAGCAAUGGAUAACGAGCGAUUAUUUCAUAAUUGCUGCCGGUAUCUUCGCCGUCAGCCUUCAGUCCAUCAGCAUCACCGGCGUGAUACAAGCGGGCAUUGGUUAUGAUCAUGUCACUACAAUCGCAGGCAUAUAUGGAAUUGAGCCCAUCACCAAACUCCUCAAACUGAUCAUCUCGUUGCAAUUCCUCUGGGUUCUGAGUCUCAGUUGUACCAAAAUCUCGAUCUUGUUCUCAUAUCUUCGCAUCUUUCCCGUCAUGUGGGUCGUGCGGAUCUCCUGGACAACAAUAGGAGCGAUCAUAUCCUGGACCGUUGGGACAAUACUGGCUGGGUGUCUGAUCUGUCGACCCAUUGCUUAUAACUGGGACCAGACUAUUCCUGGAGGAUUGUCUAGAAACCAAGUUACCUCAUUCACGAUGACAGGGGUAAUAAAUCUUAUUACCGACAUCGUUGUGCUGGUGACACCUAUGCCGCUGCUGUAUAACCUGCAGAUGGCAAGGUAUAAGAAAGUGACAUUGAUCACUAUCUUCGGUCUGGGAGCAGUCACGUGCAUCAUCAGCAUUCUUCGUAUCUCCGUACUCACUACCGUGGACUUCGCGGAUAUCACCUACUCAAUUCCCCGUGCCAACAUCUUCAGCGGCCUUGAGCCCUGUCUAGCUGUCAUUCUUGCUUCGAUCCUAUGA